GACCUUCUCUUACGCACCUCUCGCUACUUCAACCUCGUUUCCUCUCAUUCCCAACAACUUCCCCCCCGCCGUCCGCCCGCUCUGUCUCUAUCUCUGGCACAAACCCAUUUGGUUUAUGCUUUGUUUUCUGAUUUUUUUAAGAAGUCCAUUUGCACCUCAUUGAGUCAAUCCUUCUUUUUGGUUCCAACUUUUUUGGGCAUUGUUUUCUUUUUUCUUGGGGGGGAGUUUUUGGGGUGAAGAAAAUGAUAAUUAAGAGCUGGGUCCUGUUAGGAUUGAUGCGAGGAUAAGUAAAAUGCGUGGCAUGGAAGUUGGGGUUGUGAAUUCAGCUUCAGUUUCACCUUCGGCGGGUUCAUGGCCUCAAUCCUCUGUCCUCGAAUGGCGAUUCCACUCGCAGUCGGCAUUCGAGUCUUUCUGCAUUGCCUCCGAAGCCUUCUCAGAUCAUCUUCGUUGUCAAUUUUUUCUCGGGCUUGAUCUGCGGCCAUUGCUUUGAUUGUACGUGGAGGAAGAAGAAAAGAAAAGGCUAGAUUGCCUACAAUUGAAAACCAGGAGAGAAUAAAAUAUUUAAAUAUUUGUUGUUCUUCUAGGUGUUUUGGUCUUAGUAGGAAUGACUUCUGGUGCUGGAUUGUUGAUGCCACCGAAUACUGGAGUGUUUGGGACGAUGGCAGAGCUUCCCGAGUCCGUGGCGGACCAUUUAGAGAAGGAUCCGACCGGUCGAUACGUUCGGUACAAUGAAGUCUUGGGCAGGGGUGCUUUCAAAACUGUUUUUAAGGCAUUUGAUGAAGUUGAUGGAAUAGAAGUUGCUUGGAACCAAGUGAGGAUUGAUGAUGUUUUGCAGUCACCAGAAGAUUUGGAAAAAUUGUAUUCUGAAGUGCAUCUGCUGAAAUUGUUGAAACAUGAUAAUAUCAUCAAGUUCUAUAAUUCUUGGGUGGAUGAUAAAAAGAAAACUGUGAAUAUGAUAACUGAGCUGUUCACAUCUGGAAGCCUGAGACAAUAUCGUAAGAAGCAUAAAAAUGUGGAUAUAAAGGCCAUAAAGAAUUGGGCAAGGCAGAUUCUCCUAGGUUUAGUCUAUCUUCACGGUCACAAUCCACCUGUUAUUCACAGGGACUUAAAAUGUGACAAUAUUUUUGUUAAUGGAAAUCAUGGAGAAGUUAAGAUUGGAGACCUCGGAUUGGCACUUUUAAUGCAGCAACCUACUGCUCAAAGUGUGAUUGGGACUCCUGAGUUUAUGGCUCCUGAGCUAUAUGAAGAAGAAUACAAUGAACUUGUCGACAUAUAUUCAUUUGGGAUGUGCAUGUUGGAGAUGGUUACUUUUGAGUACCCAUACAGUGAAUGCAAAAACCCAGCUCAAAUCUAUAAGAAAGUUACCUCGGGCAUUAAACCUGCUGCACUCAAUAAGGUGAGUGAUCCCCAAAUUAAGGAAUUUAUAGAGAAAUGUCUGGUUUCAGUAUCUGAGAGACUGUCAGCAAAGGAGCUUCUCCAAGACCAUUUCCUCCGAGCUGAGAAUCCAAAGGAACCAAUUCGUGAUCCCUUACAGUUACCUGAUCAAAGUCUCAAAGCAAAUAGUUUACCCAAGUCCGGCCCUCAUUCCAUGGACAUAGAUUCUGACUAUAAGCAGCUAUCUUUAAGCACGUGUACAGGAAGCAACAAUGGUAGUCCAAGCUGUCCAGUUUUGGAAUUUCAGAGGAAAAAUAAGAACAAUGAAUUUAGGUUAAGAGGGAAGAAAAAUGAUGACAGCUCAGUAUCAUUGACCUUGCGUAUUGCAGACUCUUCUGGUCGAGUGAGGAAUAUACACUUCCUCUUUUAUCUUGAUACAGAUACUGCACUUUCAGUGGCUGGCGAGAUGGUUGAACAACUGGAGUUGGCAGAUCAUGAUGUGGCAUUCAUAUCUGAGUUUAUUGAUUACUUGAUCAUGAAACUUCUUCCUGGAUGGAAGCCAUCAUCUGAUUACUCCUCAAGUGGAGCAGUAACUCCAUGUGGCAUUUCCCCAGUCAUUGAAGAUGGAAAAACAUUAAUGACUUGUCAAUGGGAUUCAAUGCUAACUGGUGGUCCAGCUGGGUUGGUGGUUGAGCAAGAUGUUCUGUCUGAGUCAAGUAUGUGUCCUCAGGAUGGUGGAGUACAGGCUGAGGAAGGUAGCGUGUGCAAUAAUGCCGACAGUACCAUUUGCCAUGGCGACUAUAAUUCUUCUCCAGGUUUGGCUAAUUUCGAGGAUCAACAUUCACAAGCAUCAGUUGCUUCAGAUAUACUGGUGGAAGCAUCUUCAACCAAACAUGGAAACGCAGCUGAAUCUAUUGAUUGUAAUAUUGAUGAAAGUCACAAACGAUUAAGUUGGUCUUUCUCUGAACUAGAGCUUGGGGAUACAUAUUAUGAUGACUGCAGAUUCCAACGAAUGGAUAGCAGUGGCACAGAGUGCGUUGUGGAUGAAUUUUCAAAGACAUCAGAGUUGUCAUUUCCUGUUCUGAGUGGAAAAUCCAAAAUGAUGAGUUUAACAAGCAGCUGUUCGUCACUGUCCUUGGAAGACAAAGAUAUAGAUGUGGAGCUAAAGUUGGAACUUGAUGCAAUCGAGUCACAGUAUCAAAACUUGUUUCAGGAACUUUCUCAGAUGAGGGAAGAAGCAAUGGAGGCCACCAAAAGGCGAUGGAUGGCAAGGAAGAAACUGGCUGUCCAUUGAUUAAUAGCAUAUUACUGAGGUUUCCUCUCUGGAAAAGUUUGGCUCUAUAAAGUCAAACUAUCAUUACUUUUUGUAAUCUGAUCACUGUACUAUCAAAGUUAUCACUUUGCCCUCCAA